AUGCGUUCCCCUCCCUUGAUUUGGAUUUUAUCAUGCCUUUGGCUCUUGCUUUGUGGCACCUUUCUCUUUGACGUUAUUCAUUACAUCCUUCAUAAAUUCUCUAAAUCGAGUUCUCGCUUCUUGCGCCAGAUUGGAAAGUUGCACUCAGUGCAUCAUUUUUACUUCAACAACCGCCUCCAAUUUAACAACCGGUACAUCUGGCACAAUAUUUGCAUAGAGCUACCGCUGGAACUGGGGUGUCAGCUUCUCGGAACGUGGCAAGGCUGGCUAGUUCUGAAGCAUUUUUUCCUCACUGAUCCGGGAGUCUUAUCCGAAAAGGUGCUUUAUGGCGUUCUCAUCGCAGAGGUGGCGAGGACAUUGGUGGUUGUUGCGUUGAGUGGGCGCGAUUCGAAUCACAAAACCUACAGCAUUGUGCCUAAGAAUCUCAACUGGUUGACUGUUGGUCCAGAAUACCACGCCCUUCAUCAUGUAGACCCGGCAUCCUAUAUGAGCUCAUCAUUCUAUCUUUUCGACUGGCUCUUCGGUACUGGAUACACGCUCAGGUCUCGACGGGUUACAAUAACCGGUGCAUCCGGAGCGUUUGGUCAAGCUAUAAAGAAAGAGCUGCAAGCAGAAUCAGUGGCGUGCAUUCAGGAGCUCAAGUUUGGCGUUCAUUGGACAUAUGACAACUACGAUCAAGUGAUACCUAUCAUCGCUAAUACCGAUGUUCUGAUUCUUGCCCACGGAUCAAAGGGACAGGAUGCCUUAAAGGCCAACUGUGAAUCAGUUGUUCGCCUUGUUUCUUUAUUCAAACAGUAUCGCCAGUGCAAACCAAGCCAGAAGAUGCUUCUUCCUGAAGUUUGGUAUAUAGGGAGUGAGGCUGAGCUACAUCCAUCUUGGGGUAUUCGCAGCCUCCAGGUAUAUUCACAGUCUAAACGCUCAUUUCUUCCCUACGCGCGCAAAUUAUAUGACGAUGACUCAAUUCUAUAUCGUCAUAUUGUCCCAGCGGCCUUUCAUUCUACUAUGGGCUCAGCGAUUUUCUCAGCAACAUGGGCUGCUCGGACCACAAUGUGGUGGGUUCGAAGAGGUGCUAGAUAUGUACCUGUAACAUAUACAGGAAUUGCGUAUCUUAAUUAUUUUAAAUUCAUGUACUAUAUUAAAAAGCUUUAA